GUGCGUGUUCAUCUUUCCUUUAGUCAUCAUCACCCAUAAAGCAGAUGAGGCAGAGCCCGAAAUGACUGGAGGGGACACGAAGUUGACGGCAUUACGCACUACCCACUCACCAUAGACAGGUGGCUGUCAUCAUCACCGCGCACGGAUAGGACAGGGAACACGCAGAGGACACGCGCGAGAUGUUUGGUAUAAGAAUACAGCUGAGCGCAGAGAGGGGGGGAGAGAGUGGCAUCCAAAGUGACUUUUGAGGUGACAGUCGACUCGGACACAAGGAGACAGACACAUCGAGUGUGUGCGCGUGCGAGAGAGAGAGAGAGAGAGAGAGAGAGAGAGAGAGAGAGAGAGAGAAAUCACCAGCAGUCUGACAAAGCUGCACGUUCCCUCGAAGUUUGACAUCCCCAGCGGGCUACAGACGGAGUUGUGCUCCGCCGCUGCCAUGGAGCCUCGGAAGUGCGCUGGAUCUGUAUUGAUUGGAGUUUACCUGUGGGCGACAUUCUGCUGUCAAGUUUGCCAUGGCGGUGUGUACCAGAGGAAGCUGUACCGAGACCUAAUGGUAAACUACAGUCGUCUGGAAAGACCCGUGCAAAACGACUCUGCACCCAUUGUUGUGGAACUCGGCCUCACGCUGCUACAAAUCAUUGACGUGGAUGAAAAGAACCAGGUGAUGAUCACAAAUGCCUGGCUGCAGCUGUAUUGGACAGACAUUUACCUGUCAUGGAACCCAGAGAGCUACCCCGGCGUUCAAAACCUGCGUUUUCCUUCCAAUUUGGUAUGGGUCCCAGAUAUCCUCCUCUACAACAGUGCUGAUGAGAGGUUUGAUGCUACAUUCCAUACAAAUGUGCUGGUAAAUGCGUCAGGAUCCUGCCAGUACAUCCCACCAGGGAUCCUGAAAAGUACCUGUUACAUCGAUGUGCGGUGGUUCCCAUUCGAUGUGCAGAAGUGUGACCUAAAGUUUGGCUCCUGGACCCACAACGGCUGGCUGCUGGACCUCCAGAUGAUGGACGUGGACAUCUCCACCUACAUACCCAACGGGGAAUGGGAUCUCGUAGGUGUGCCUGCUAAGCGUAAUGAGCUGUACUACGACUGCUGUAAGGAGCCCUACCCCGAUGUGACGUUCACGGUCACCAUGCGCCGCAGGACACUUUACUACGGCCUCAACCUGCUCAUCCCCUGUGUGCUCAUCUCUGGUCUGGCCCUGCUGGUCUUCCUGCUCCCUGCUGACUCUGGAGAGAAGAUCUCACUCGGCAUCACAGUGCUGCUGUCUCUAACAGUGUUCAUGUUACUGGUAGCAGAGAUCAUGCCUGCCACUUCAGACUCUGUUCCCUUGAUUGCUCAGUACUUUGCUAGCACCAUGAUGAUUGUGGGCUUGUCUGUGGUGGUAACAGUGCUGGUACUACAGUUCCACCACCAUGACCCCCAUGGAGGGAAGAUGCCUAAAUGGGUCCGAGUUAUCCUGCUAAACUGGUGUGCUUGGUUUCUACGCAUGAAGAAACCUGGUGAGGAAAGAAAAACAGCUGUGAGCUCCAGUAGCCCCCCAAACUACAAGUACUCCAACCCUGCUCCUCCUCACCACACCAGCACCAAUAGCAUUCAGAUGAGCACCAUACCAGGGCAGGCAUCCACCCAGUCAACCACGACCAAUGGGAACAUGAACCUGUACUUUGGCUACCACUCGAUGGGCACAGACAACCCUGCUUUCCCACCGAGCACUGAUUCAGGUGUGGUGAUGUGCGGCGGUGGGGGAGGCGGCCAUCCUAACGGCUCCUCUCCACACGACAUCCACUCAGAACAGGCGCGGACUUUGCUGCUGGAGCAGGUUCCGGAAAUUUCCCGGAUCCUGGAGGAAGUGCACUACAUUGCCAGUCGCUUCCGAGAGCAGGACGAGGGCGAGGCGAUCUGCAGCGAGUGGAAGUUUGCGGCGGCGGUGGUGGAUCGGUUAUGCCUGGUGGCUUUCUCACUCUUCUCCAUCAUCUGCACCUUCACGAUCCUCAUGGCAGCUCCCAAUUUCAUUGAAGCUGUGUCCAAAGACUUCACAUAAGGCUGAUUUCCUCCCUUUCUGAGAGGAAAAACAGAGGAAAUGCGAACAUAAAAAAUCCUGACACAAUUAGAACUGUACCACAAAAGCCUCCCUGCUACAACGAUGUGAAGCCCCACACGUUUGUUAUUUCAAAAGUGUUGUUACCAGUCACAGUACACCAGAAGCAAACCUUUCCCUCUAUCUUUACAUAUUUCAGUCAGUAGAUGAUGUGAUUUUUCCUUUUCAAGGUGGCUCUCCUCGCUAACACUGUACAUACAGUAUGCCACAUAGGAGGUUGAGGCUACAUUCAGUAGGUAAUGAUGUAGAAACUCACACUAAUGCACUUUUCAUCUGUAUCCCUGCUGUGCCAAAUCAUUUACCUCGUUGCCACCACCUGGGCUUCAUGCCUCAUCAGAAUAUAUUGUUUUUAAAAAUUUUCCCCGCUUUCUUUUCUGCUACUUUUGUCCACUUCCUUUCCCAACUGUAGCGCUUCUCAUCUUCUACAAAUGUCUUAACGUCUUCAGCAGUUACAUACAGUACAGUCAAUAGAGUUCAAUAAAACAGUUUUAGGAAUAGUUUUUUAUAGGCCUGGGCUCAGGCUUCCAGGAAUGCUAUUUCAUUUGUAUUUUGUAAAUAAAUCGUACAUCAUACUGUAUAAAGAUUAAAGAAAGAAGGGAAAGAGAUUCAAUCUUUCUUAAGUUGUAGAAUUCACUGAGAGAUACUGACACGUUGACUCGUAGCAUUGUUCAUGUCACUUCUGUUUUAACUAAGGCUGCCAAUAAUAAUUUUAAUUUUAGAUCAUAAGCCAAUAAUUUUCUUGAUUAUUCGAUUUCGCAUUUUGUAUAUAAAAAGGUCCGAAAAUAGUGAAAAAUGCCCAUUAUAAUUUGUAAGACCUCAAGGUGAUGUAUUCAGAUUGCUUAUUUUAUCCAAUCAAAAGUUCAAACCUCAAGGAAAUUAUUAAAUUACAAUAAUAUAUGAGAAAGAAAAGCAUCAAUUCCUCACUUUUGAGGAGCUAGAAAAAUGACUAAAACGGUUAUAUAAUAAUCAAAGUGGUUGCCGGUUAACUUAAAUCCAUUUUAAGUAUUGGAUUUGUCCUUACUCACCUCUUUCUUGUCUUUUAAGUCAUCCUCAUUAUACUCUUACACCAAUCUUCUCAUUUCUUUCUUGCAUAGCUUACACCCAGGUUAUAUAUCUAUAAAUGUGAAUAGAUAAAGUUUUACUGUUGCCAGUAUAGAACUCAUACUUAACUGUGACAUCAGAGACAUUUACCAUUUUGCUCUUUUCAAGUUUAUUAAAGCGUGAAGUCAUUUCUUCUUGCCUCCAUCCCUUGUGCUAAACAGUAUAUUUAGUUAGCAGUUGAUACACUCUGGUUGAUAUUUGUCAGUCAAUCACAUUAAUUCACAAUGUAUUUUUCUUUUGAGAUCAAUUUAAUGUUUAUCUGACUUAUGUGCUAGUGUUGCUGUUUCCUGCGAAAAACUCACAAUUAAGAAAGAAGAUCAACGAAAGUAGUGACUGAAAGAAAAUAUUUGUUCUUCUGCAAGAUUUUUGAAUGGAUUCUGAAGGAACAUCACCCCAGUAGAGAUGCAUUUGGAACUAAUCUCUGCUAUUGUGGGGCUGAGUGCUUUUUGUUUUUACUUUCUAAUACUCAGCGAAAAGCAAACACAUUCUUCUCUAAUCUCUAGCAACAACAUGCAACAAGGAUUACUGGGUGACCUUAUGUAACAGAUUUGUGUUCAACCUUCUCACCACCCGAGCGUCUCUCUGAUCCUCAGUUGUACAAGACAUGCGUGAAUUCCCACUUUUAUGCACACAAAUGAACUCUUCUCCAACUUAGCACUUGCAUUUUAAGUGGGUUUUUAGGAAGAAAAGUACAUUGUGUGACUGCUGCAGAAAUGGAAUUCAUGCUGUUACAGUUAAUGACUGGGCCGAGUGUAGGCAGCUGCCACCCAUUGACGACUCCAUGACUCUAAGACUGUAAAGCAUUUAUAUGUCAUAUCCAUUUAAAAUAGACUGACAGGAACGGAUGACGCCAAUUUUGGCACCUUUGCAGUACUCUUUGUGUUCAUUCAUUUGUAUCUACGUAGUUUUAAGAUUUAAUCAAGAUUCAAAAAAAUGUUACACUCCUUUUUUAAGUCUAACUAGGAAUGACAUAUUUAGUUUAACCAUUAAUAAUAUGGUUGUUGUUUUUUUAUGUAAUGGUAUUAGAGGUGCCAUUGCUGCAUUGUUAAAGUAAUAGCUCAACGUUUUUGGUUUCUUUUUUAGACUAAGAUGAGGAGAUUGAUACCACUCUCAUGUCUGAAUGGUAUAUGAAGCUACAGCCAGCAGCCAGUUAGCAUCUAAACUCUCUAUGCUAACCAGCUUCUCGCUGAAGCUUAAUUGCUGUGCUCAUUAAAUAACAUGUUAUACUGUAUCUCUUUCGUUUAAUCCAUACAAAAUCAGAAGUGUAAAAACCACAAAAAAUGUGUGUAUUAGUAUUUCCCUAUAGUUUAACUCUAUGCGCUAAGCUCAGCUAACUGGCGGCUGGCUGUAGCGGUGGUUACUGUAUCUUCGCUUGGCAUGAAGGCAACCAGCAGAGAGACUCCAGGAAGUCAUGUCAGGAAGCCAAGAAUUAAUUGGUGAGCUUUAGAGGUGCUGGAAAGUGGAUUUUCUUAUCUGUGGACAGAGCCAGGCCAGUUGUUUCCCCCUGUUUCUAACAGGCAGCUGGCCGUAGCUUCAUAUUUAAUGGACAGACAUGAAAGUGGUAUUAAUCUUCUCGUCUAACUCUUGGCAAGAAAGUGUAUUUCCCAAAAUGUAGUAUUCCUCUAAUAUUGGUCCACUUGUCAUUGCACAUUGUGUAGAUGGUAGAUUAUAUGUUGGAGGGGUUACUGCAGAUGAAGACUGAAAGCAGGGCACUGAUGAUCUGAGAGAACAAAGGUUUUUUUUUUUUUUUUUGCCUGUCAAAGGUCAUGUGGACAUAGAUGGGAAGAGGGUCUUGGUAAGUGUGUUACAUAAUAGGUAGAGGAAAAUUACGAGACCUUGAUCACUGACUCAUAAUGGAGAAUAUGAAUAGUGGAGAUAUAUUGACUCAUAUGAGAUGUGGAAGGGGACGUGUCUUCUACAUAGCCUACAUGUAAUUUGGACUGACUUAUGUGGAUACUUUGUGGGAUAACCUGACAUACUUCUAUUGUUACUCACUCAUGUUGAUUUGUAUUCAGCAUAUGUGUUUCAUGUGAGAAGGAUUUAUGGCACAGAAAAUGUUCAAAGUCUGUCAAAUGAAGAAUGAUGGAAAUGUUAAUUUGACUGUACUAAAAAUAUGAAAAGCGAAUUAGUUAUUCUGGGUAGAAGACAUUUUGAAAUUGACAAGUCAAAGCUAUAUUAAAGCUGCAACCACACAACUGUCUCAAAUAGCAAUGCUGCAAAAUGUGAAACUGUUGACUGAUAUUUGAAAUGAGGGUGUGACCGUCUGCUUUGGCCAUGCUAUCACAGGAUUUUUUUUUAAUCACCAGUGUUGUAUUUUGGGGCAACUUGAGUGGCUUUUUCUUUAUGGUCUGUGCCUCUCUGCUCAGUAUGAUUCAUUCUCCUUUGAAGGAUAUACUGUACCUUACAUAAAUUCACUGUACAUGACUAUUUUGUGAAAAAUAAAGGAGAAAUGUGAUAAUUA